CGGCCCUUGUACCUAGCAUUUAGCAUGGUGGCGACACAGUAGAGGUUCAGAGAGAAUGCUAUCGAAUCGCUUGUUCACUUCCUCUCGUAGAGUACUUUUCCAAGAUAACCCGACAAUCUGUGUUGGCAGUUUUGUUGAGCACGCGAUUCAAUGCCAUGACAGGGUAUCACGUCUGCUGCAGACUCAGUUGAGCUUAUUUCUUGAGUCAGUUGUUCGGAUGGAGCUAGGAGUGUUCAUGUUUACAAGUUUCAAACAUGUUCUCAAAUGCCAUUGAAAUGGCAGCAGUGGUAUGAGAACCAGCACAUUCUUGAGCAACACGGCUUUCCUCAGUACGAAAUCCUCGUCGACCCACUCUGCUGUCAGACUCAUAAAGCUCAUGGGGCUGACAUCGGUGGUCCAAAUGUCAGUCGUGAAGCUAAUAGCAGUGACGCCCAUAGCAAGUAGCUCAUGGAUGUGAGUUUCAACAAUACUUUGUAACUCCGGUAAGGCAACAUCUUAAAAAUAGCGCUUACUUUGUGGUGUGUACCAGUGCUCGACCAGUCGGCGAAUGCCAACAUCAUCCACAACAGAUAAUUAUUGAUUGUCAAGGGCAAUGAAUUCCAUUAUUUUGGAGUUAAUGGAUUUCGCCUUUGAGUUGUCUCGCUGAAAUGUUCUUACUCUUUCAAAUAACUGCUCGACUUGUUGACUGCUCAAUCCACACAGCAGACAUUGUAUGGUAGGUUAGGAAUGCUGUGUUGCACUUGUAGCGCUAUAUUUUUUGUGGCGUCAUUACAUCAUUCAUCUACCUACGUUAUGUAGGUAUGCACAUCAGCUUUGACAUCGAUUUUGCACAUCGGCUUUAAACAAGACAUUGAGCCAAUGCCGAUGUUGGCAUUUUUAGCUCAUAUCGUCCGAUACUGAUAUAGUGUUCAUCCCUAGCUCUAACGUAACAAAAUGUGGAAAAAGUCAAGAGGUCUGAAUACUUUCUGAAUCCACUUGUAUACAGCAAGACCUCCCACAUAAGCAUUCCUGUCUCUUCUAUAGAUGUUAUAUCCUUGUUUUGCUAAUGCUGUAUCAUCAAAUUAAUUAUCUAAGUGAGUCUCAGAAAAGGCUUAAUAUAUGAACGUUAUCUAAUGUUAGCAAGUUAUUGAUUUCAUUAACUUUAUUUCUAAGGCUACAUACAUUUCCUGGGUAGCUUAUCAGAGAUACAUCAUAUGGAAAAGAACAAACAAAGCAAGAGAAAAAAUGCAUGCAUUCAGCAAUCCAUUAAUCAGUUGGUGUAAGUGUGCUUGCACAGUAGUAAACCCCUAACCAGCUGGCGGCGCUGUUGUGUUUCUGAGCUUGCCACUCGUUAGCUAGAACCAAGGAAUCGUCUAAAAUUCCUGGAGUAGAACACGGAAGUAGGAUUGGAGACGAAUUUGUUUUGAUUUUGAACAUUCAUUCUGUUGACUAAAGAAAUACCAACUGACUCAGUUGAAUUUGCAACGCAAAACUAAUUUGAUAGAAAAUGUCUAAACUAGAGUUCUUGCGUGUGUUUUUGAAUGAGCGUUUAACGGCUGCCGCUGUGGAGAUUUUCGGGGCAGUUGAGGAAACGGUAGUGGGGUACCAGGAGGAGAAUGAUCGGCUACGGAGACUGCUGUGUAUCACACCAAAGAUAACAUGUAUAGACUCCCUGCCGCUCUCUCCCAUAGUUUAUGAAGAGGAGGCUCCCCCUGAGCAGCAGCACUGUGAGCAGGAGUGGAGCCCCAGUCUGGGGCAGGAGGACCCAGGGCACACACAGAUUAAAGAGGAACAGGAGGAACUCGGCACCAGUCAUGAGGAAGAGCAGCUUCAAAGGCUGGAGGCUGAUAUCAUAGAGUUUAAAUUCACUCCUUUCUGUGUGAAAAGUGAAUGGGAUCAGGAAGACCCACAUUGGUCCUUGACUCUUCCCCAAACCCAGACGGUGGAGAACAGAGACAGUGACUCUAAACUAGUGGAUUCUAAACCUUUUGGCACUGUGACCCACCUAAAGGGUCUUGAGAAUCCCUGUGACCCUCCAUAUAAUCAAAACAAUGACUCCAGCCAUUUUUCAAUUGUAAGCCGCAACCCAGUAGGACUUGACAUUAGCCCACCAUUGGGGGAACACUGUUCCAAACCCACCACCAUGUCUAGAAUAACUCACCGCUGCUGUGACUGUGGUGAAACAUUUGCUCAGAAAGCUGACCUACAGAGGCAUGUUACUCUCCCCGAGAAGAGACCCAGUGAAUGCCGCUUCUGCAAAACAAACUACAACUCCACCUGUAAACUGGAGGCACAUGUCCGACUCUGUCAUGGUGGGAAACCCUACACCUGUCCUGUUUGUGGCGAGACCUUCAAAGUGAAAGGAGAUCUUUCCAAACACACGAUGAUUCACACAGACGAGAAACCAUUUAGCUGUAGCUGUGAUGACUCUGGGAAGAGCUUCAAUCUCAAGGAACACUUAACCAUAGAUAUACUGACCGGCACUGUAAAGAAACCAUUUAGCUGUGGUGUUUGUGGAAAAGGCUUCAGUCAGAAGGGUUCCCUUAAGAAGCAUAUAUUUACUCACACGGGAGAGAAACGAUUUACCUGUAGUGACUGUGGGAAAGGCUUCCAUCAGAAGUGGACCCUAUCUGAACACAUACGUACUCACACAGGAGAGAAGCCGUUUAGCUGUGGUGACUGUGGGAAAAGCUUCAAUUUGAAGGGGAACCUAAGGAAGCAUAAACUGACUCACACAGGAGAUAAACCGUUCAGUUGUGGUGACUGUGGGAAAAGUUUCAAUUUGAAGGGGAACCUAAGGAAGCACAAACUCACUCACACAGGAGAGAAACCGUUUAGCUGUUGUGACUGUGGGAAGAGCUUCAAUCUGAAGCAACACCUAAACAUGCAUUCAUUGACUCACACAGGAGAGAAACCGUUUAGCUGUGGUGACUGUGGGAAAAGCUUCACUCAAAAGUCUAGCCUGCUGACACAUGUGAAAACAAUCCACAAAGGAAUAAAACUGGAUGAAAAUUGAUAGAGGCAAUUCAAUUAUGACAAAUAGAUAUUAUGUAAGAAGAAGGAUAUUAAAGGGUAGGAUGUGGACAUCACUCGAGGGGGGGGACUGAAGAAAACAACUCUGGAUUAUUCAUAUUCAUAUAGAUGUGUGAAUAAUUUACUUUUGUAAAUAAAGUUAGAUUUUAUUUGAAUGAUGAACAGAGUAUUUUAGGAAACACACAGACCUGCUGUUCAAAGUCUGUUGAUGUUUUCACGGCAUUAGAAACAGGAAUUCCUCUCAGUUUGUUUUGGAAUUUCUCUCAGGGCGAUGAGAAAAUGUUCUGACUGAUGUUAUUUGUACAUAAAAAAUUUUUAAAAAGGUACUUUCCAGAAAAUGCUAUAAACUGUUUCUCAUCCA